AUGGGCCAUGACGAUGCGGUCAUGGUGGUCACCUUCAACCUGCGCAGAUGGAUGGCGGAGGAGGAGGGUCUGAAGGGAACAGCAUCAAGCGCUGAGACGGGCUUGCUUAUCGCCGCUACGGGCUUAUUUGACUGCAUGAUAGCCGAAGGAAGAAUGGAAGUAGAGCAUUGCCUUUGGUUCAUCGCCGAGCAGCUCAAAGAUUUUUUCACGGAUCGGCUCAAGCAGAUCUCUAGCUUCGCAGGCAAAGGCGCCCACGGAUUCUGGCAUGUCUACAACCAGGAGGCAGCCGCGAUGGCAAGCAGGCAGAGCGAAACCCCAUACAAGACAGGCAUUGGGCUUAACGGCGUUGGGAUCGUAGAGGCUUACCUCAAGCGAUCCUAUGGUACUGGCCACGGUGGGCAGGGCGGCGACCUUACGUUCGCUGUACAGGAUUGCCAGAUCGACAUGCGCUGCGGAAAUUCGGAUUUUUUCAUCAAUCUCAUGCCGCCCAUCUUGUACAACGUCGACCCGAAUCACCGCACGCACGGCGCAUACGGCCUCAACGAGGUCAUCCUGGCUUCUGCACUGGUCGCCGUCUAUAUCCUGUACGACAUUGUCGUCGGCUCCCAUGGCCUGAGCCAGAUCGACUACCUCCGCGUCCAAGCCUGGUCGCUCCUCUGA